UUUUUUUUUUUUCCUUAGUUGGUUGGUGGUAAUGGGAAAUGGAAGCUUUGAAAUUUGCAGGUAAUUCUGGUGAUUUGUCGCUUUAGCCACCAACCCCCUCUCCUAACACCGUCGCACAACCGCCGCCGGCCGCCGUGCCUGCCUACCUUUGCCUUGGUUAUCCACGACGAUCUAACUCCAUUCUACUGGACUAUUCUUCCACAGGUCAGUGACGUUUCGUGUGCCACCUAUGGCGACUGAAUCUGAUAUCAUAGACAAAAUAGCAAAUGUAAGCUUAACAGAAGAGGAAGAAGCGAGUAUCAAGAUAGAAGAGUGUGAUGAAGAGAAGGACAUAGAAGAGGUGAUUACUGAACUUAGAAUAGCAGGAAAAAUAGUUGCAGGAAGACUUGGUUUGGCCAGAGUCAUGAAGAACAUUCUAAAAGAAGUUUGGCGGCUGAAGAAAGCCUUCGAUGUCAGAAUAAAUCAGUAAGGUAUCAUGCUGAUGCAGUUCUACUGCUACGAAGAUAGGGAUAGGGUUCUCCAUGGAGGCCCUUGGCACUAUGAGAAAC